AGGUGCUUAAAUUAAUUAUUGUAUAAUAUCUUUAUAUAUACCUAUUAUAUAUAUAUAUAUAUAUAUAUCUAAUAUAUAUACUGUCUAUUUGUCAUCCUCAUUGUACAUACACAUAUAUGUUUCAUACAAUUAAAUUCAUUUAUUUUUGUUGUUAUUUAAACUAUUCACCUAGUUGUUUACUGUAUGUACGACUGUGUGUGAGUGAUGUUCUUGUCAGGUUGAACCCCGGGACCUUAACAGUAUACAGCUAGUUGAAAACGCAAAUAAAUCCUAAACCUGACAAAUGGGGGCUCAGAGUCCGGCUGUGACUACUAGGUCAUAGAUUGUCUUAUCUAGUCUUGUUAUCUUAUAAAAUAAAAAAAAAAUAUAUACUGCCUAAUACCUCUUUAUUGUAUUUAUAUUUGAUGUUAUUGGGUACAAUUUGCUGAAGAAAAAAAAAUUGUUUGUGUACUUCUCAUAAUUGUUUGGACAUCAAAAGUAGCAGAGGCUUGAAACAUUGUUAAAUUUAUCAUUAAUUUGUUUGAAUUCACCGCCAUAUUACUUUAUGUGUUGAUUGUUGAUAUUGAGGAUUGUACCAAUGCUAAAUUCAUCAUUUAUGAUUUUGAACUCAUCAUCAUAUGACUAUAGGUGUUGAUAUUUCAAGAUUGUGAUUUAUAUUCAUUUAUUUAAUUUUUUCUUUCAUGUAAUUUUGUGCUUCACUUAUGACCGAGUGACGAGUGUCUUCUCGCUCCCGACAACAGACAAGUGUGUGGGGAUUGACCGUUGAUACCGGUGUUAGAGGCCAUCGUUCCUGUGUUGGUGUGUUGGAAGUCCCUGUAGCAGCUACCUUUCUACGCAUCGGCCUGGAGUGAGGCGUUUUCUCUCCGACGUUGGAUACUGCUCAGAUAGGUUUUCUCUUUCUUUGCCAUACGACACACUCAUAGGUUGUAGUUUACAUCUUAUGUUUGUAUAUUAUAGUAUAUCAUAGUAAUAAUAAUAAUAGUAUUAGUUGAUUUAGCUUAACACAGUAAGGCACUUAGACCAUGGAAACCAGGUUAACGGUAACGUCACAAUUUAUUAGUGAUGGCCGUGCUAUGGGGUACGAAGGGGAAAGGCUAGAGAAAUAUGUGAAGGAACGGAAAGCUGAAUAUGAUAGAGAUAAGGAAGUCGCGAAGGCAGAGGAAGAGGCUAGAAAGAAAGAGGCGAAGGCAGAAGAAGAGGCUAGAAAGAAAGAGGCGAAGGCAGAAGAAGAGGCUAGGAAGAAAGAGGAAGAAGAGAGAUUUGAACGUGAUGAGAAGGCCAAACGCGAGGAGCACGAAAGAUGGAAGGAAAGAGAUGCCAAGGAGUCAAUCAAGAGGAAAGAGGAGUUGGAACUGGCUAGGCUUAAAGAAAAGUCUGCGCCAGAGGCAGGCGGGGCGGCAGGACAGUCAGGGGAUGUGCGAUACAAGAAUGUCUUAGACAGGCUUGACAAGAGUUUCCAGGGAAUGAAAGAUGACGACGACCUCCUAGCUUACCUAACACACUUUGAGGCCGUUGCAGCAAGGUGCAAAAUAGAGAGAAAAGAGUGGUCCUUGCUGUUGUCAUAUAAACUGACCACCGCACUCAGAAACUUCAUGCUAAGGGACAGUCUGUUCCUUAGCGAGAAUUAUGAAGAAGUCAAGACUGUACUUCUUCGCCAUGCAGAUAUCAACGCGGAAACCUGCCGCAAAAGAUUCCAUCUCGUGAGACCAAGUCAAAACGACUUUAGGAGUUAUGUAACAGAAUUGAAAACGGCCUUAGACAAUUGGUGCAAGAUGGCCGAAGUCGGUAAAACAGUGGAGGAGUUAAAAGAUCUGUUGAUCAAAGAUAGGAUCUUAGAAAGCGUAUCGAGUCGUGUAUACAGGCAACUGGUUUUGAGCAAGCACAGAACAGUAGAGAACAUGCUGGAAGUUAUAGAAGGCUUUAAGGUUGCUGGGUCAGAUGAGCCGAUUUGUAAGGAAGAGAGUGUAUAUGUGGCGGCAGCAUGUUGUGAACCUGUGGGUAAAAGAAAGGUAAUUGUGUGUUUCAGUUGUGGUGAAAAGGGGCAUAAUUCAACCGAGUGCCGUAAAGGUGUUUCCCCGUCUAACGAGAUUGAUGUUGAAGAUGUGAACUCUAAUGAUAUUGUCAGCGAUCAAGAUCAAAGGUCAAGACAUAGAUGACUAGCGGAUCGUCGCGAUUCGGAUGGUCGCCGUGGGUAUAAGUUAGUGCCGGAUCGCUACACAGUAACUGUUCAAAAUUUGCCAUUCAAUGUUAACUGGCAGAAGUUAAAAGAUAGAUUUAGAGAUGUUGGUUUAGUGGGAUUUGUGGAGGUUUUAAUGGCAAACGGGAAGUCGAUGGGCGUAGGUCAUGUAAAGUUAAGGAACCUGGCCGAUGUUGCGAGAGCAGUUAAAUAUUUAGACAAGUCCAAACUUGGAGGUAGAACUAUUGUAGUUGUCCCACAUCGUAUAAGUGCGCGGGGGUAACGAUAUGAUAACUUUGAUUCUCUGUUUUAUAUAUAUAUAUAUAUUUAUAUAUAUAUUUGCUUUGUUGGUCAAACGUUCCAAUAUUUAGACCUAUGGAAGUAAACUGGAACUGCAAGUGUGCGUUGGCAUUGAAUAGGCUGCAGACUUGUCUGAGUAAGUAUCCUAUUCUUCGUUUACCUGAUACUUCUCUAACUUUUUUUUUUCUUCAGACAGAUGCUUCAGAUAAAGGAAUUUCUGGCAUUCUCUGUCAGUGUAUCAAAGGCAUGUUACAUCCCAUAAAGUACGUAAGCCGUAAAUUGUUGCCUCGGGAGCAGAAGUACUCUAUUAUUGAACGGGAAGGAUUAGCCAUAGUAUAUUCUGUAAAGAAACUGGACAGGUAUUUAGCAGGUAAAAGAUUUCCCCUGCUGACUGAUCACAAGGCCUUAUCGUAUCUCAGGAGCACAAACUUUACCAUUGCACGUAUCACAAGAUGGGCAUUGAUGCUACAAGACUACUCCUUGGACGUUGCCCACGUAAAGGGAGAGAACAAUCUGCUGGCUGAUCUUUGUUUAAGAUUGAUAUAGACUUCCAUCCGCCAUUUAUAUUAUGUCUCUAUGUGUUAUAACAUUUGAACUUGUGUUUCAUAUUAUGCAAAUGCUACUAAUUUCAAGAAUAUAAUGUGUAUUUAUUUACCAUGAAUAUAAUUUGGUAUAUUAUAUUAAUGUUGUAUUUGUAAAUAUGAUUUUGUAAUAUAACUUGGUUCUUGGCCCAAGUUGAUAUGGGUCACCUUAAAAGUCAAGGUAACCAACUUUUCUUUGUUAUUGGAUUUUUAUCUUGACUUGUAUUGUGUCUCCUUGGUUCAUUAAUUGGUGACUCCCC